AUGCCUCAUCAUCGUCGGAAUUAUUACCCUCCCGUCAAUGGAGCUAACCGUUAUUACGGUGGCUCAAGACCGAUACCACAACACAACCAUGGCAACAUGCAUGGAUCAUCUCAUACACCUGAGCAUCCAAAACUAUCUUACCUCGCUAGGUUUCUCCAGUUCGUUUUCGCCCUCUGCCUCGUAGGGAUCGUCGCCAUAGUCAUUGCCAUGUUCAAGACCCGUAACAGUAUAGGAGGGGGGGCCGCCUACGGAACUCCAGAAUACGCCUUAUUCAAGAACACCAACUUUAGUCAAUGUGCCAGCGCACCACUUGAGGCAGUUGACUGCGCGGCACUCAGGGCAAACGGUUUCGGGCAGGGAAAUGUAUCUUUCCCAGGAGUCGAACAGGGCGGCUUCGUCUUGUACUCGCGGGCGAAAAACUAUACUUCCGACGACGACAUCAGCUCUGAAACGGACUCAACCCUGGGUUGGUGCGAGAUGAUGAGCUGUUUUUCUGACUUCAAAGUUCUUCCAUCUACCCCAAAACCUUCGGCGUUGAAGCCCUCAAAUAUCAGCGUGUGGAUGACCAUCAAUAUCACGGCACUGGUCGCAGCUACGAACUUGCGCAAGUUUGCUUCUGGCGACAAGGCACUGCGUCCUGGGGAUGGCCUUGUGGUGAGCUAUGUGGCGUCUUCCACCGUGUUCUGGUGGGCCAUGUUCUUCCGAUGGGCAACGAAUCCAGCUUAUUACGCCGCCAAUUCCUUGGUCUCGUGGAUAUCUGUCUGGCAGCAAGCAUACAUAUCGGAAAGACUCGCCGAUCGGCGCAGUGUCAGGACUUGGAUCCUAUGGAUCUUGACCGGGCUUCAAGCCAUCGGGGCCUGUGUCCAGCUUGGAUACAAUUGGGGCCAGUUCAAGCCCACUGGUGUCGAUCUCGUUCCUCGGUACGACUGCCUCCAGUCGGGGAUCUUGGGGGCGCCUGGGAAUUCGUCAUGCUCUGCAGAACAGCUCUGCUCCAAGUCAUGGCUGUAUAGCGCUCCUCAGUGGGACUUUGACUUGAUGGCCUCAAUGUCGGAUGGUUCAUCAAUGUUAGCAUUCUGCUGGGGCUUCAUCAAAGUCAUGCUUUUGUGCGUCGUCAUACCAAGCAUUAUUCUUUUUGGCCUGCCUAUACUGGCUCCUCUUAUUUUGUUUGUUAUCCAAUUAAUUGCCAAGGGACCGAAAACGAGAGAUGAACCAGGCAUGGUCGUCAAGGUCAGUCGAGUUGGGGGUUAUUUUUUCGCGCUGUUGUUCGGCUUGGUGGCUGGCAUUGCAAUGUUUGCAACAAUUCCCAAAGGCUGGAACGCAGAUGCUAGGGAAGCUACAAUUGCCUACGACUUGAACUGUACUGCUGUGCAUGUCACAAUAAGUCAGUGGAGAUCCUAUUACGACAUUCCGGAUGACCGCGUUCUCCGGAUCGCUCAGGAGUUGCUUAAUGUUUAG